GGGAUUGCGGCCCAGGCCUCUCCGCCGGCCCCGCCACCGCCGGGAGCCCAGUGCCGCCCCGGGGCCUCGGAGCCUUUCUCCUGCCCCGGCUGCCGUGUCCCUCCGGAGGGCAGCCGCGGCACGCCGCCGACCUCGAACCGGGCCCCGGGCGAAGAGUGGCUUCGCAAGACUCCAGGGCAAGGCUGCGGCGGCUCUUCUUUCCCCAGCCGCGCCUGCCGAGCUCAGGGACGCGGUUUCCUGGCGGCAAGCGACGCCCCGCUUGCCCCCGUGCGGUUACCGGGCCGCCUCCGAGGGGAGCCGCCGAGGGGAGGAGCGGUGGGGCGGAGAGGGUGGUCCGUGCGGAGCUGGCCGGGCAGCGCGGUCUGUCGGCGGUGCGGCCCGUGCGCAGGGUACUGGUGGCGGUGAGUUGCGGGGCUCGGCGGCUCCGCCGGGCUGAGGGGGAUGGAGGAGCGGCCGGUCCCUGCCCGGGGGAUGGCGUGAGCUGCGCCGCGACGCGCGGCCUGUGGCGGCAGGGUGCCGGGGGCUGGCGAACUACUUUGGGGUUCACAUCCCAUUAUGAAGCAAGUUUAAGGUCUUGCAGCAGAUUAUGGGAUUGCUGUUAGAUUCACUUACUUGUUUCUUACUGGAAGGCUGGUGCCUGAGUUGUUUUGGACAAAACAGGGUGAUUUUUUUAAAUACUGAGACUGCAGCAGCAGCUGUCAGUGGCAUUUGCCUGGCAGAGGUCCGAGGAAGCUCCGACGCACUAGAACAUGGAGAAAGUUUGUGAUUUAUUUUCAGGUCAAUUGUCGCUAUUCAAGAAAGAUCAUUUACCAACUUUGCUACUCUUUCGCGACUCAGUGCUUUACAAAGAGAUAGUUGUUGCAGAGCAGGAACAGAAUCGCUCUGUCACACAGUCUUCUAUUAAAUCUGCUUCAUUCUUCUGGGACCCAUUAGAAGAUAAGAUAAGAGCAUAGUGUUAGCUUUGUUGCCAGCACCAGGAAAUCUCGCAUCAGCUGCUGAGAUCACACUAUGGCAUGUGACUGCACUGGUUAGUAAAAUUUGAAAGAACAAAGUGUUUCAUCCCAGGGUGAUCACCUGGUGCACUGACUUCAGUCCCCUGCUGCUGGGGGCAUUGACCAGGUUGUUUGGAUUUGAUUUUAAAGUUAUGUUCUUAGGGCAAAUAGGAUAUAAAUCCAUGUUACAGUUUAACUGUUGUUCAUAAAAUUGGAAUGGGUCUUAAGUCAGUGCACGUUAUCUAUAAUGCAUGUAUUGUGAUUUGGCUAGUGGUCAAAACAGAGCUAGCUACACAUGGAAGUCAGCAGGCCUGGUGCAGUAUAUUCUGGAAUAUAUAUUGCUGUUAUAAGCUCAUAUUUGUACAGGCACAGGAGCACAGGGCUCUGAACUGUCACCAUGAGAAAGGUGAAAGUAACGCUGGUGCCUCUGGGUUGGUGUUCUGGUGAAGCGAUUCCUGAUACAGCACAUAUUCAAGACUGGUAUGACAUGGAUGCUGUCACAAAACCAAACACCUGCUGAAGAGAGUGCAUCACUACAAGGCAAAAAUGUAUUUAUUCAGGAUUACCUAGCAGUUCUGCUUUGGUUGUAAAACUCCCAUGAGCUCUCACAGCUAUGUUAGUAUUUUUAAAGAUAUGUAUAUGAUUUAAACAUAUACAUAAGAAUUUAGGUGCUAACUACUUUCUGUCAUUCUUUUUUGAAUUAUUGCAUAUUCUGGUAUGUGUACUUUCUCUUUUUUUACACUAAUCCACAGGAAACUUGGUUGCAUCAAGUACAUAGGCCUCGAUUGCCCUUUUACCCUCACAUUCAUCCAACUGUGUUGAGUAGUUUGGAGUGGAACAUUUAUUCUCUGUAAGAUCUUCAUCUUGAACUUAUCAGGAAACAAGAAGUCCGAGACCAUGGCAGGGAAACCCAAGCUGCACUAUUCCAACGGAAGGGGGAGGAUGGAGUCAAUCCGAUGGCUGUUAGCAACAGCUGGGGUUGAGUUCGAGGAACAAUUCAUAGAAAAGAAGGAAGACCUAGAAAAAUUACGCAACGAUGGAUACCUGCUAUUUCAGCAAGUGCCCAUGGUGGAGAUCGAUGGGAUGAAGAUGGUGCAGACAAGAGCCAUUGGCAGCUACAUAGCAGCAAAGUACAACCUCUAUGGAAAAGACCUGAAGGAGAGAGCCUGUGUGGCUUAUAUAUGGGGUCUUUUGUCACAUCGCGCAGAUGAACAGAUUGUCAACGGAGAACAGGGUGAAGUCCACUUGAAAUACAUCAGUCGCAGGCUCUUAUUUACGCCUUGCUUGUUGCACACCCUGUGAGCCUGUUUGUAAAGAUCUGUGCUUUGAAAAACCAACUGACCUGGAAUCAAAGUGGAAGAACAAGGAAGCAAACUAGUGUCUCUGGUUACGUUCACUAAUAAGCAUUCUACCUGGUGAUCGCUUCAGCAUUGUCUUUGAGAAAAUAAUAAAAACAGACUGGUAAAAUGAGAAGUAUGAAAUAAAAAUGUUUGUUUCAGGAUUGAUAUGUAUGUGGAGGGAACAACAGACCUGAUGGGAAUGAUUAUGUAUCUCCCUUUUCAAGCAGCUGACACAAAAGAAAAGAAUCUUGCCUUAAUCAUUGAACGAGCUACAACCAGGUACUUCCCUGUUUAUGAAAAGGCCUUAAAAGACCAUGGCCAGGAUUAUCUUGUUGGCAACAAAUUAAGCUGGGCAGACAUCCACCUGCUGGAAGCCAUUUUAAUGGCAGAAGAAUGUAAGCCUGAUAUACUGUCUGCAUUCCCUCUGCUCCAGGCUUUUAAAGGAAGAACAAGCAACAUUCCAACAAUCAAAAAAUUCUUGCAGCCUGGCAGCCAGAGGAAGCCACCAACAGAUGAGAAGGCUGUUGCCAUGGUGAAGAAAAUAUACAAUAUCUAAUCGUGUGGCUGCUGCACA